AAUAGUACACCACAAUUCCUUCCUAACACAACACAACACAAACACACUCUGUCUUCUGGCUUAUGUAGCAGCUGCAUCUUCUUGAGAUAAACAAAAAAACAGUAAAAAUAAAAGUAUUCUUCUGUUUUGUAUCCAAACACAGAGAAAGAAACCAAAAACAUUUCUUCUUGGUUCUCUCAAAUGAAUCUCUUCAGGGGCAUGAUUGUUUGAAACUGUAGACAAAACAGAGUUGAAGUUUGAAGGGAAAUAAAAAUGUCAAAAAAAGGCUUGAAAUCUAUGAAAGAUGAAAAGAAAGAAUUGCAGAAGCAAAUUGGUUGCAUCACUGGAUUUUUUCAGCUCUUUGAUCGCCACCGUUUCAUCACAGGACAACGCACUACUAAAUACAUUCAGAAUGCAUCUUCUUUAGGUGUAACCAAUAAUGGCAACAAAGAGCUUGAUAGUACAAAGCAGAAACCAAAGGAAAAGAAUCAAAAGAUUGCAAAAGAGAAGCAACAAUUCUCCACAGAAUCAUCAGUAACUUCUGUCUCUUCAUCAUCUUGUUCAUCUAGCAUGACAUCCUAUGAAUUUAACGGAAUAAUUAAGACAGAAUCAUUGUCAACCAAACAAAUUCAAAUUUCAAGAAAUCCACAUUCAAAAGUAUCAGUUGAUUUCUUUGAUAUUGUCAAAGAUUCAAUGCAUAGAGAAGCUAAAGAGUUAUAUGUGAAAACAUUAACCAAACAAGAAAUAAAGGGUCAUGGUUAUUCAUUGAACCAACACAUAGACUCUCCAAGGCCUGUUAUAGUUUCGAAGGAACCAUUACAUACUCUUUCGAGGUCAAAAAAAGCACAUUGGGACUCUCCGCGACUCUCUUAUGAUGCAUUGAAAUCUACUACAAGGUAUAAGGAGCUUCCUAGGCUUUCCUUGGACAGCAAGCAAGGAUCCAUUCGAGGGAUUGACGAAGGAAACAAGGCUCGCAACGUGUCUAAUGGCUCGCAAAGAGGAUAUGAGAGGAACUCGAGCGCAAUGCUUGAUAAAAUUCAAGAACCAGAAACAUCGAAAAGAUCGUCCAGUGUUGUGGUUAAGUUGAUGGGACUAGAAGCUCUCCCGGACUCGACGCAAACUGGUCGGACUUCUGUCUGUUCCACCGAUAAAAACGAGAUCAUAGAAAGAACUAUCACAGGUGACGAAUACAAGAAACACCAAAGUUCGGUGUCCCCAAGGAAUAGAAGGGGCAAUAAUUCAACCAUAAAUGUGAAACCAACUUCGCGAUUUAUGUUAGAACCGACGACUCCUUGGAAGCAAUCUGAUGCAGACCAAAAUUAUUUGUUACAAGAUUCUUCAAAGGUAAGUGAUUCUAAUGUAAAAGCAUCAAAACCUUCUCUUUCUGUAUAUGGCGAAAUUGAGAAAAGGUUGGGGGAACUCGAGUUCAAAAAGUCCGGAAAGGAUCUUAGAGCACUUAAACAGAUUCUUGAAGCAAUGCAGAGAUUUACAGAUUCAUCAUCUGACACUGGAAGUAAUAAUGCUAGUUUAAGUGAAAAUUCUAAAGUUCAAAGUCCGAGAGUACAACAAAAAGACUUUCCCUCGGAUUUUGUCACGGUUGAGCAGUCGAAUUCAAUCGAAGGUAGUAAAUUACCAAUUGUCAUCACGAAACCAACAAAAGUGACUAGAAAAGCCAAUAAUCCUCCUUCUACAGAACUGCCAAUUCCUGAUAAAUCUCGUCUCAUAAAAUGUUCUCCAACAAAUGGAAGUUUGAUUUGCAAGCAAAAAGCUAAAGGUAUUGGUUCAACAACAAAAAUUACCACAAAACCUUUUGCUCAACAAGUUCCUUCAGCAGAUAAGAAUAAUUACUUCAAAACUUCAAAAUCGAUGCAAUCAUCAAAAUCUCCUCAUGAGACGAAUGGACAAAACACCAUAGCUAGUAGAAGACUAGAGAAGAAGUUUGGAGUUGAGAGGCGUUCUGCGCCGACUAGUCCGUCAUCGGAUUCCACGGUUAACAGAAGAAAACAUAAUAGCCAACUUGUGGAGUUGUCUACUUCUUCAAGUUCAACAUCAAAACAAAGUUCCUCUAUUUCACAGGAUAGAGAUGAAUAUUAUUGUGAGAUGAAUUCUCAUUGGAGGAAAUUUAAGCAUCAUGUUAAUGUCAUUUCUUCAGAUUUUGGCAGCAACAGAAGCUUGGCCACUCAAAGUGACAUAGAAGUAAUUCACCUCGAUCAAUCAGCGAACAUCAAUCAAAAUAAUACAUUUGAAGAGUUGAGGAUGGAAAGCUAUAAGGCUGCUAUAAUUGUGACUACUGAGCAGCCAAGUCCUGUAUCUGUUCUUGAUGCUGCAUUCUAUAAGGAAGAUCCACCAUCUCCAGUGAAAACGAAAUCGAACGUUUCAAAAAAUUUAGGUGAAGCUCUUAGCACUGAUGAUGAUAGUGAGGAAAACUCAGUUGCUAAAAUUCUGCAAGAAUUUGAUUGGACUGAUGAAAAAUUCAUCAAUGUCAAUAACAUCAAGAAUCCUGAUCAUAAGUAUAUAUCAGAAAUACUCAUAUCAUCAGGUUUAGUCAGUGAUCGAAAUUCGAACCAGAUACUUCAUUCACCAGGUCAUAUCAUUAACCCAAAGUUAUUCUGUUCACUCGAACAAAUGAAGACAAAUAAGUCACAUUUCAAUAUCGAAGAUGAUGCGAAGCAAAUUUCUAGGGCUAUUGGUCCUGAGAAAAUGCAAAGAAAGCUCAUAUUCGAUGUUGUUAAUGACAUUCUAGUUAAAAAACUGAUAUUGGAAGAGUUAGAGGGUCAAAAGCUAAAAGGGAAAAAGCUUUUUGAAGAGUUAUGUACAGCGAUAGAUGAUUUACAACCUCAAAAUAGGAAUCUAAACUUUGUUCAUGAGGAUGACAAUUUGUUAAGUCUUUUGUGGAGAGAUUUGAAGGAUCACAACACAAUUUGGACUAACUGUUGCAGCGAGAUACCGAAUAUGGUGUUGGAUAUUGAGCGGUUGAUCUUUAAAGAUUUGAUAACUGAAGUUGUGAGUGAUGAACUAGUAAACAAUUUUGGUUGUCAUUGCAGGAAAAUUCUGUCUCCUUAUUAAUAGGAACUUUAGCUUAUGAGGGUGAAAAAAUAAUCAGUUUUCAAUAUUUCACAUUAUUUCUAAUCUAGCUAUACAUAUAGUAUGAAAGGUGUAACAAUCUUCUUAGUUCAGAGUUUCAGUUUUUUUGUUUUUCUUCAUGUAUUUAUUAUAGUAUAUGUUCAUCAAUACAUGCAGAAAUACAGACAAAUGUAUACAGUAUUGACUUUCACAUAGUUAAUGAAAUAUUGCAAUAACUUUUACAUAUUUA